GCAUUUCCAAAGUGAACAUAACCCCGAGGUGAACACACCUUGCACCGUACCUCGCCGCUACCUUGGUACAUACAUGCUAAAGGACUCCACCCGCUCACAUAGAUAAGAAAUAGAAUGGGGUCGUCGUCAUCUAAGCCUGCCCGUCCCACAUGGCCUGCUGUGGAGAAGCCUCGGAGACCGGCUCUCGAAUCAAAGAUGAGCGACCUCACUUUGUGCGAUACAGACUCUAGCGAGGAACCGGAGCCUUCUCUUUCCUUGAGGCUCGAAGCCGCUAUCAAGUGGGAAGCCAAACUCUUGUCCGAACCAAAGAAUCGUCUUGCUCUUGCUGCUCUUAGCACACACGCUUCUACAGCCAUCCUUCAAAAGCCGUCGGCGCUCCUCCACGAUACCCAUGUGUUCAGUGACCAGAUUGAACUCGAAGGAACCCCCGUUACCAACCAGCGCUCCUCAGGGAGAUGCUGGCUGUUUGCCAGCACCAACGUCUUUCGAGUUCCGAUAAUUAAGAAAUACAAACUGACUGGAUUUGAGCUGUCCCAAAAUUACCUCUUUUUCUGGGAUAAACUUGAGAAAGCCAACUUUUUCUUGGAGCAAAUUAUUAAUACCCAAGAAGCAGAUCUCGAUGGAAGGCUGAUUCAGUACCUACUGCAAUCUCCUGUUGGUGAUGGCGGCCAAUGGGAUAUGGCUGUAAAUUUAGUUGAAAAAUAUGGAUUGAUUCCGCAAGCUUUCUAUCCCGAUUCGUUCAAUUCCAAGUCGUCCGGCCGCAUCAACUGGCUCAUUACAGCCAAACUUCGCGAGGCGGCUCUCACCCUCCGGUCCCUCGGCGCCUCAUGUAAGAGUGGGGAGCUUGAAAUAUACAAGGCUAAGGUUCUCCAAGAGAUAUACGGCGUCCUCGUCCUGUCCUUAGGUGUUCCCCCCAAACCCGAUGAUACCUUCACCUGGAAUUUUCAUGAUAAGGACGGCAAAUUCCGUUCCAUCACCACUACUCCCCUUGAAUUUUACAAAGAGAACACAGGCACCAUAAGCUACGGUGCCGGUGUAAUUGAUGGGGUUUUGGGCGGUGGAGAUAGGGGUGGCGUUGCCGAGAGAUUCUCCUUAGUCAAUGAUCCUAGGAACGAAUACAACAGACUCUUGACAGUCGAGAGACUCGGUAAUGUUGUUGGCGGGAGAGGGGUUAAAUAUGUUAAUGUGUCUACAGAUGUUAUGAAAUCUGCAGCUAUCGCCAUGAUUAAAGCACAGCGUCCUGUAUUUUUCGGAUGUGACGUUGGAAAGUUCGCGGAGGGCGGCAGAGGAAUUAUGGAUACCGGCUUGUUUGAUUACGAACUAGGGUAUAAUAUUACUUUGUAUAUGAACAAGGCUGAGCGACUUCGCACUGGAGAGAGUUCCAUGACCCACGCUAUGGUUCUCAGUGGAGUCAACAUUGUCGAUGGCAAGCCAACAAAGUGGAGAGUGGAGAACUCGUGGGGGGCUGAGUCCGGAGAAAAGGGUUACUGGCUCAUGAGUGAUGCUUGGUUUGAUGAGUACUGCUACCAAGUUGUUACCGACCCCGCUUUCGUAAGCAAUGAGGUUCUCAAUGUCCUCAAGCAGGAUCCCAUAUCACUCCCUAUUUGGGAUCCAAUGGGAAGCCUUGCUUAGCGGCAUUGUGUACUAGCUUGACUUCGGGAGUUUCAGAUGUAUUUCAAGGUUAUUCGCAGAGUGGUCGUUUUCUUAUGGCAGGGAGUUUCUUAUAUACAUUGGGUAAACCGUGUUCUUCUCGAUUCCUCCUCGCAUUUCCAGCUGCAUUCCGAUGUUGAAUGAUACAUGCAUGGUAUUAAAGAAUAGACGAUAUUGCAUCUAAAA